AUGGGGUCGUCCGGGAAUCUUUCAAGAUGGCUUAAUUAUGCUAUCGAUAAUGGACACAUAAUAGAAUUUAAUUACGAUUCGCUUAAAAAAAUCGAGCCUUGUUUGAUAACAGCAUUAAGCGGUAUCAAAAAGGCUUAUCAAAUCGAAUUCGACAGGAAC